AUGCUUGGACUUUUCUGGACUACUACAUCAUCCCAUCAGCUAAACAGACUGGGUCGAGGUUGCGUGCUACAUAGGGUGGGACCGUCAUCACAGCCUGUUUAUUUAGUGAAAGGAUUGAAACCUUACCAUGAAUACAACUUUACUGUUACAGUCUGCACAAAGGCAGGUUGCAUUACCAGUCUGCCGAGCACAGGACGGACCCUACCAGCAGCUCCAACAGGACUGUCUCCGCCUCGUGUAAAUCCAGUAAAUGAAACCACCAUUCAUAUAGAUUGGGAUCCCCCAGGACAACUCAAUGGACCACACCCACUAUAUCAGGUUGAGAGAACAGAUGUGUCUCUCUCUGAUCCACAAGGUCGUGUUGUCAGAGGAACCAGAUUUCCAGGAAACAGUUAUUACCAGUUUCCCAGUGACAUUCUUCCUGUCAACACUGACUUCACAGGUGUUGAGUUGAGUUUCAGGACUCGGGCCUCAGAUGGCCUGCUGCUCUGCGCCUUCUCUCCAGGGAAUCAGGAAGAGUUCCUGGCUAUUCAGAUCAAAAAUGGACGCCCUUACUUUUUGUUUGAUCCACAGGGCUCAGCAGUGGCUGUGAGUUUACAGGGUGAUGGAGGGCGCCGCUACAAUGAUGGACAAUGGCACAGCAUCAUAGCAACAAGGCGAGGGGCCGUGGGAACAAUCGUUGUGAACAAUCAAUACAGAGGAAGUGCUUCAGCUUCCAGCGGCAGCACCAUUAUUGGUGAGAAUAUGGGUGUGUUCAUUGGAGGGCUACCAGAAGACUUUACUUUGCUAAGAGACGAUUCAGGUGAUGCCCAGCUAGUGCGACAGGGUUUCUCGGGUUGCCUCAGAGACGUGAGUUUUAAGAUGACUGACAGCCCCUCAGAGAAAUGGAAAUCUCUGGACUGGGCCAAAGCCACAAAGAAGGUGGCAGUGUAUGAAAGCUGGGAAGGAUGCCCUAUUCAAACUGUGGAUGGAGCCCAUUUUCUGGGUCACGGUUACUUGGAGAUGGGCAGAGAUGUAUUCAGUGGAGGACAGGACUUUGACAUUUAUAUGGAUUUCAGAACAGACCAGCUCAAUGCACUUUUGCUCUUUACAUACAACACACAAACUGAACACUAUAUGCUGGUGGAGCUGGAAGCCGGUCUCCUGUCCUUCAUUCUUGCCUCUGAAGGUCACGUGAUGGAACUCAGCAUGUGGGUGGGGCUUAGCUACUGCGAUGGAGACUGGAAACAGCUUUCACUGUCAAAACGCGGCUUGCUCAUCUCUGCUGCAGUUGAUGACUGGGCAGAGGAGACAAUGGGAGCGGGAGGACCAGUGAGGCUGAGAGUUGAUUCACCAUUAUACUUGGGGGGCGUGCCCAUGGAGCUCAUACAUCCUGCUCUUGACAGCCGAAGUCACAAACAUGGCCUAGGAGGUUGCAUAAGGGGUCUUACCAUACGAAGUGAUGAAACAAACCCUCCUGUCAGUCAAAGUGUUAAUCUCUCUGUUGCCCGCCGUUCUGUUAGAGUCUACUUAGACGGCUGUCCCACCAGUGAAAGCCGGUACAACUGCCGAGGAAACGAUUCUGUAUUGGUGUAUAGUGGGAGGAAGACACAAACCACAGAUUAUAGUCUACAGCCUUUCACUGAGUACUUGUACAGGUUUGUGGCCUUGGCUGCCGGAGGUUGGGCAGCAGGACCUUGGCAGAGAGGACGCAGCAGAAGCAAAGUACCUAGGUCUGUACCACCUCCUACCACAGUGCACAGCUUGAAUGGCUUCAGCGCAAAGGUGAGCUGGGAGCCACCCACUGGUGACAUCAGAGGGCUGAUUGACAGAUAUGAGUUGAAGGCCUACAAUAGAGACCAACCACAAGUACCACCUAUCAAAGCCAUGUACCUGGCUAAUGGAAAUUUCACAGGUGUUCUGCCAGGUCUCACUCCAUCCACUCGAUACAUUAUCACUGUAAGUGCCUGUAGUCCUGUUGGCUGCACCGAGAGUCUUCUUAAUGACAAUGGUGAUGAUAAUGAUUUGAGGUCAAGCCUCACAACCCCAGAAGAAGCACCAGAUGCUGUCUCUCCUCCAGCUGCAGUCUCAUCCCCCUCAGCUCUCUAUGUUACCUGGGAACCUCCAGCAAGGCCCAAUGGAGGCAUUACAGAGUACCUCCUCUAUCACAACAACCAAAUGGUCUACAGGGGGAAAGACAGACAACACAACAUCACUGGUCUUGGUGUGUAUUCCACCCAUGUCUUUGUACUGAGUGCAUGCACUUCAGUGGGCUGCACCAACAGUUCACAAGUUACUAUGCUGACCUCUCAGCUUCCUCCUGGGCCUCUACAAGCACCAGCUCUUACCCUGCUUGACUCUCGGACCAUUCUGGUGGAGUGGUCACGUCCCUCUCAGGUCAAUGGCGUUUUGGAGUUCUAUUCCAUCUUCCUGUCACAUGAUGGUGCAGAGCCUGUGCUAGCCUAUAACAGCACAGAACAUUUUGAAGACCACACCCUCCGUAACCUAACCCCCGGAACUGAUUACACAAUCACAGUCGCUGCCUGCACAGGAGGUGGGUGUACCUUAAGCCCUCCCAGCCAGGCUCAGACUGAGGAGAGCACCCCAGAGAGUGUUCCUGCACCGCUGGUCACCCCUUUGUCCCCACAUGCACUCAAUGUCAGCUGGACACCUCCUGACACUCCAAAUGGCAUUAUAACCAGCUAUGGUCUCUGGCUGGAUGGAGUUCUCAUUUUAAACUCCAGUUCCUCCCAGAGGUUCUUCAUGGUGGAAGGACUUUCUCCAUGGAGCCGACAUGUACUCAGGCUGCAGGCCUGCACGGCGCAGGGCUGUGGCAAGGGACCAAUGGUGGAGAUGCGAACAUUAGAGAUGGCCCCAGAAGGCCCCAUACUGCUGGAACUAACAAAUCAGAGCUCUCGAUCGGUCCGAGCCUGCUGGACAGCCCCACCUAGACCGAAUGGGAACCUCAGCUACACACUGUAUUACAAAAGCAAAGAUGGUGAUGGUGUGUUGGAUGGAAGUACAGCGGCAGGAAGCUGGUUGACUGUAACUGACCUACGUCCUUACAGCAACUACAGCUUUUGGAUCAGAUGUUGUAACACACAGGGUUGUGUUGAGAGCCUCCCACUCAAUGUUACUAUGCCCCCAGCAGCCCCAGAUGGGUUGUCACCUCCGAGGUUGGCCCAUGCAACUAGUUCCAGUCUGAAUGUAUCCUGGUCCGCCCCGGCCCACUCCAAUGCACCAGGCCCACUCCGUUACACCCUGCUAAUGAGGACAUCUGUACAGAUGCCUGUGAUAAAGCUUAUGGAAAACACAACAGGCACCUUGUCCUAUCGUGUUGAGGGCCUGUCGCCGUAUACGCAGUAUGCGUUUAGAGUGGUGGUUUCCCACACACAUGGGCAGACAGCUGGGCCCUGGGCUACCCUGCGGACCACAGAGGACAGUCCAGGACCAGUGGACACACCAGCUAUAUCAGGGCUCCAUUCCCGAAGUGUAACAAUGACCUGGGGUCCUCCUUCCCAACCAAAUGGCAUUAUCACCAAUUAUACUCUAUAUCUUUGCCCGCGCUCUAUCUGUUCUUUAGAUUUCAAACCCAGCUCAGUCUUUAGCACCAGUAUGACCCUCAACUCCAGUUGGGUUCCUAACCGAAGACCCUUGCCCAGCACUGAGAGUGCAUAUCUUAACCCGGGUCAUAACCUCAGAUCAACAUCCAGUCUUACCACCCCAGACUCAAGCCACAUCUCCAUGUCUACUGUCAACACAGGCAGUAAUGACAGUUUAAGCACAAUGCAAGGCACUAGACCCAAUGUUCUCCCUAACCCUUUCUCUAGCUUGUGGCCUGGUUUUGUAGAAGACAACCAGAUCGAGUCCACUCCUCGAGGCAAUACAAGCCAAGGCCCCGGUUCCAUCUCAUUUCACCCCACUGAACUCAGUACUGCCAGUGUAAACCCAAGCCCUAGUCUUUUAUCGCCAAACCCACAAUACAAUACAAUUGAAUCUAAUACUGAACAUAUUCUUAAACAAAACCCCUUCCAAAGCCCCAUCUCUGGUUUGUUUAGUGCGGCUUCAGAUUCAAGUUCAUCCUUUCUAUCAGUCACUAUUCCAGGGAACACCACUACCUAUACUUUCCUCGACCUACUGCCAUACCAGACCUACAGCCUUCAGGUAGAGGCAUGCACCAGUGUGGGUUGUUCAAUGUCUGAGAUGUCUCAGAUCUUUCGUACCCUCCCAGCUCCCCCUGAAGGGGUUCCUGCACCUCACCUUUACUCUGACACCCCCACCUCUGUUCUCUUGUCCUGGGGAGCACCAGAGUGGAGCAAUGGACCACUGGAGAGGUGGCUGAUUGAGCGCAGAGUUGCUGGGACCAAACAAGUCUCAACAGUGGGCCAUCUCCCACCAGACCCUCCACCUCUUUCCUUUCUGGACUCUUCAUCAGCUCUCAGUCCCUGGACUAACUACCAGUAUCGUCUUGUGCUCCAUAAUCAGGCUGGCAACACCACAGGACCCUGGGUGAAUAUCACCACCAGGCCCUCUCGGCCCGCUGGCCUCAGUCCACCAAGGGUGAAGGUCUUGGGCCCAGAGUCAUUUCAGGUCACAUGGUCUCCACCUCUUAUUCCCAAUGGAGAAAUCCAUAGCUAUGAGAUCCGCCUACCAGAACCCCGCAUUAUCCAUGACAGUGGAAAUACUUCUCAGCUCAGCGUCACAAUAACAGACCUCAUCCCAUACACAAACUACAGUGUCACUGUGUUGGCGUGUUCCAAGGGUGGUGGACAUGUUGGAGGAUGUACAGAAAGCUUGCCCACUCCAGCUACAACAUUACCCACAAGCCCUGACGGCCUUGAACCACUGUCUGUAGUGGCGGUCAGUGAGUCUUUCUUGGCCAUUUCCUGGCAAGUACCCCGCAGGCCUAAUGGACCUAACAUCAGAUACAAGUUGCUCAGACGUAAAACCCACCAGCCCUUGGCCAUUGCCAUGGUCCCCACAGUAACAGCCAUGUCCCCUCCCCCCUCUGAAGAUCUCCAUCGCUGGCUCCAUGUUUACUCCGGCACCAAAUUGUUCUACCAAGAUAAAGGCCUAAGCAGAUUCACCUGUUACCAGUACCAGUUAGUGGUACAUAAUGACGUGGGCUAUUCCUUAGGAGACAUCGUUACCGCAGUGACAAUGGCUGGGGUUCCCCACCACCCUCCAUCUCUGUCUGCCCAUGCUAUCAAUCACACUGCUGUACAGGUCAACUGGACACAACCCUCUUUGCAAGACCUACAGGGAGAUGUGGAAUCUUACUUUCUGACAAUAGAGACUACACAGUCAAGUCAAGUCUUUGCUUUCUCCCCUGAGGUCAUCUCCACAGUGAUAAGUGAACUUUGGCCAAGCACCACAUAUCUGGUGUCAUUACAGGUGUCCAACGGAGCACAUAAUACAACUAAGGCAAUAGUUAACGUCACCACAGAGGAUGGAGAGCCAGACGGGAUGUCCGCCCCAGAGGUGGUUCUAGUUAACAGCAGCACAGUACGUGUGCUCUGGUUCCCUCCUCUAAGGCCCAAUGGAGCAGUUACUGGUUACUACAUCUACGUUAAUGACCGUCUUCAUGGCAGUGUAGACAACAGCUCAGGGUCCUACAUGCUGGGUGACCUGCUGCCUUUUACUGUCUACAGCGUACAGGUGGAGGUGUGUACUGUGUAUGCAUGUGUGCGGAGUAAUGUUACUCAGACAACUACUGUGGAGGACCUGCCUGCCGACCUGGCCGCGCCACACGCACAAGUUAUCAGUCCCAGGACAGUGAGGUUGGAAUGGUCCCGUCCAGGCAGACCCAGUGGGAUCAUGCUGGGCUAUGAGGUCUUAAGACGAACCCUGAGGUCAUGUGCCGUUGGGUCAACAGGGCUCUCAUCCUCUGUGGGAGAAGAGUCAGGGGGUGCAGGUGCCGUAAAGUUCAGAUGUUCCUACCUGCAGUGUCCUGCUGGUCAUGGUGUGUGUGGGAUGUCCUGCUUCCCUCCUGACAUUCAGGUUUGCUGCAAUGGAGUAUUGUACUCUAAGAAACCACAUCAUCAUUGCUGUGAGGGCAGUUACCUGAGUUUGAGUGAUUCCCCUAAUCCAGUCUGCUGCAAUGGCAAACUGCACCCUUCACUCCCUGACCACCAGUGCUGUGGAGGAUACUAUGUUCAUGUAAAGACCAAUGAAAACUGCUGUCCUGACCACUCACAGGCCCGGGUCUCAGUGGGGCUGGGUGACAGCUGCUGUGGGGGGGUUCCUUACUCCAUGAAAGGCGGCCAGCUCUGCUGUAGUGGGAGCCUACAUGAUGGCUAUGGGGUCCAAUGCUGUGGAGGCCAGAUUGUAGAUAAUACACUGGUGUGCUGCGGGGGUGCUGAAAGGGGGGAAGGGCAUACAUAUGCCCCAGGUUUCGUUUGCUGUGGUCAAGAGUAUAUAAACUCUUCAAGCUCUCUUUGCUGUAUGGGCAAUAACGGCUAUCUCACAGUGCACCCUGCUGGCAAUGCCACAGUGACAUUGCAGUGCUGUGGGUCAAAGGUCAUACAUCAGGAAGAGGAAUGCUGCAAUGGGAUUGGGUAUGACCCUCAACGACACGUGUGUGCUGACCAACCCACACCCGGCCUGUUAAUGCAGCACCAGUGUUUGCAGGGCACCGUGUGUCCUGUAGCUGCAGCAUCUACAGCUUACUGUGGCUCCUGUGACCUCGAUCCAUCUACAACCGCCUGCACAUGGGUCCUGUCUGCACACGCACACCCUGACACGCACUCCACAACAUACUCUCCUUCCAUCGACACCACACAUGAAACUCUGACUCCGGGCCCGUCUACACAUACAAACAGAAGUGAAAACACAUACAAAAUGGCGGGCACAUACAGUCACACAAACACUGAAUACUCGCAAUUCGAGGGAAGCCUGUGCCCGUCGCAUGAGGAGGUAGUGUACAGCGGAGACGCCAACAGAUACACUUAUACAGACUCUGACCUUGAGCCCUUCACAACCUAUGAGUACAGAGUGAGGGCCUGGAACAGCUUUGGACGAGGCUCCAGUGGCCUUACUACAGUGACCACCAGUGAAGACAAACCAUGGGGAGUGGCACCGCCCCGUUGGAGUCGCUUAGAUGAACGAGAUGACAUCAUCCAGCUGCAAUGGCAUGCACCUGCCAGGCCUAAUGGGGACAUCACCCACUAUGUUGUACUACGGGAUGGACAAGAGCGUUACCGUGGUGAUGAAAACAGUUUCACUGACGUAGGUGGGAUCAGGCCUUUUCAGGAAUACAAUUACCAGCUGAGGGUCUGUAACCGGGCUGGUUGUACUGACAGUACACAGGUGUUGGCAGUGACAGUCCAGGGAGUCCCAGAAGGCGUGCAGCAUCCAGUGGUAACAGCUUUAAGCCCCUCCUCCCUCCACGUGAACUGGUCUGAACCUAGUCGUCCCAAUGGAAUCAUACGACUUUACCACCUGAACCAGACUGGUGUCGGAACCAUAUUUACACACAACGAUGGGCCCAAAAAGUAUACUGUGACUGGUUUGCAACCAUACACAGACUAUAGUUUUGUGCUGGUGGCCUGUACAGCUGUUGGAUGUGGUGCCAGCUUACCUUCCACAGGACGCACCCUGCAAACCGUCCCUGAUGGUGUAUGGUCAAGGCCCAGACAUGUGAUGGUAAACACGUCUGUGGUGGAGCUGUACUGGGAUCAGCCAUCCCAGCCUAAUGGACACAUCAGCCACUACAUACUGAAAAGAGACGGUCAAACUAUUUUUACCGGAGACCACCGUGACCUGAAUUAUACUGACACUGGACUCCUGCCAAACCGCAGGUAUGUGUAUGAGCUGGAGGCCAGUACAGGGCGUGGGACUGGUGUGAGUGACAAAUAUGUUAUACAAACACCAGUCUCGUGCCCCACUGGGAUCCAACCUCCCCACAACGUGACAGUGUCGGGCCCCCACUCCAUCUCUCUUGCCUGGACCGCUCCUGCUCAGCUCACCAGCAGCCAACCUGUAAACUACAACAUCCUGUUAAAUCCAGGAAGUGACAGAGCCAUAAUCCAUAAUCAUGCUGGACAAGACUUGCACCUCACUGUGACGGGUCUAGAGCCAUUCACCACCUAUUACAUCAGAGUGCAGGCCUGUCAAAUUGAGGGGUGUGGAGUAGGAGAGGGAGCAUAUGUUCGGACUUUGGAGACCGCCCCAGAAGGUCUGCCACUCCCCACAGUAAAGGCAGCUGGAGCCAAUGUCCUGGAGAUCCACUGGUCACCCCCCGAAAAACCCAAUGGGCUCAUCACAUCCUACCACAUAUACAGGCGUCCAGUAGGAACAGAGGAGGAGCUGUUGGUUUUCAUCUGGUCCAGUGGGCCUCUUGAAUUUUUUGAUGCAAGCCCCGCCCUGCGACCCUUCAACUACCUUCAGUACAGGGUUCGUGCCCACAACUCCAAAGGCUCAGUUCUGAGCCAGUGGGCUUUAGGUCAGACUUUACAGGCAAAACCACAAGAUAUGGCCCCUCCCACUGUCACACCCACCGGUGCAUAUUCAGCCCAUCUGAAAUGGAGUGAACCGGGACAGCCCAACGGUCUCAUUUCCCAUUAUAGACUGGUUUACAAGAAGCAACAACAAGACCCAACGCUCAACUCAACUACUGUUACUGCUCUCACUGUGGAGGGUUCAGUCCUAGAAGCAACAGUCUAUGGUCUUGAACCGUACAGUCAGUAUAGUCUACGAGUGGAAGCUGUGAACGAGGCUGGGAGUGUAUCCAGUCCAUGGGUAGGUAUUAGGACCCUGGAGGCUUUUCCGGCUGGCCUGGUUAACAUCACGUUGGAGCAGAGAGAGCAGGGCAGGGCGUUACUGCUGAGCUGGGAUCACCCAAGUGCUCCACAUGGAAUCAUCACGAUGUAUAACCUGUACAGUGAGGGGAACCUGGAAUUCAGCGGACUAUCACGCAGCUUCCUGUUUCGUCGUUUGGAGCCAUGGACCAUGUAUUCUUUGACUCUUGAAGCUUGUAACUCCGCAGGCUGCACACGCAACACACCUCAGCACGUCACCACAGCAGCAGCUCCACCUGCUUCCCAGGCCCCUCCCAUGCCUCUCUUUGUUGGCCCAGACCGUGUAUCACUUACCUGGGGCCCUCCUUCCCGGCCCAACGGGCCAAUUGGAGAAUAUUUCUUACUUGGGCGAAGUCUGGAAGAAGUAGGGAAGGGAAGAAGUAAUGAAGAGGGUGUUGAAAGGGAAAGGGUGCUGUUCAGAGAAUCAUCCCCACAUCAUGCUGACACUUUCUCAUAUACUGUGACUGGUCUGCGUCCCUGGACACAGUACGAGUUCAGUGUUCGUACUCACAACCCCGCUGGACACACCCGCAGCCCCUGGAUAACUGUGACAACCAGACAGGCCCCACCUCGUGGUCUAGCUGCCCCAACAGUGAGAAACCGCCAAGGCCACCCCGGUGAGGUGUUGGUGUCCUGGACUCCUCCUUUGGAGCCCAACGGGGUACUUCAGUCCUACAGGAUUCAGAAAAACAAUGUCAGUUUCUCAUUUAGUUUUGACCCUACUGUCCUCAGCUACGCCGAUGAAGACGUCCUGCCAUUUUCAACAUAUAGCUACUCAAUCAUAGCCUGCACGUCUGAGGGAUGCAUCACCAGCCCUCAUACAAACAUCACAACUCUAGAGGCUCCACCUGCCACAGUGGAAGCUCCCACAGUGGACAGCAUCACAUCCAAUAGUAUAAAAAUUUCCUGGAGUAAACCCCUGACACAGAAUGGAGAGGUGACUGAAUAUGUGUUGGAAUUAAACAACGAGGAAGCUUAUCGUGGAGGACACUUAAAUACAGUGUUGUCAGAUCUGCUCCCCCACACGUCAUAUCAGCUGGUGCUUUUAGCUUGUACCAGCGGUGGGUGCACUACCAGCACUACAGUGUCCACUGUAACUGAGGAGGCUCCUCCCACUGGCCUGCCUGCCCCGACUCUUAAGGUCACUGGCUCAGAGUCAGUGGAGGUUAGCUGGAGGCCACCUGAGCACCCUAAUGGCAUCAUCACAGGGUAUGAACUCCGCAGAGAUAGUGAAGUUAUCUAUGUUGGCACUGAGACCCAUUACCACGACUUCACACUAUUGCCAAGCGUGGAAUACAGCUACAUUGUCAGGGCCAACAACAGCAAAGGGGCAGUGAGCAGCGCGGCAGCCACAGCAAAGACUCACCCGUCAGCUCCUUCUGGUGUCAGUCUUCCCACACUGACGCCUCUGGGACCAAGCCAUGUGAGAGUAGAGUGGCGUCCUCCAGCUCGUCCUAAUGGAGACAUUGUGAGUUACACUGUGUAUCAAAGAGAUCCAGUCCAGCUCAGCAUCACCAGCACUGUGUUCACUGCAGAGGAUAGUGACUUCUCUGACCGGCACACGACUCUGCAUGGUCUGGCUGCUUACCACAGGUAUGAAGUGAGGUUGGAGGCUUGCACAGCACUGGGCUGCUCCUCCAGUGACUGGUCUUCUGUACUCACUCUGGAGGCUCCCCCUGCUGGGCAAACAGCGCCACUGUUAGACCUCCAGCCUGACUCGCACAGCGGCCUACAGACCACUUUUCUACUCACCUGGUCGCCUCCAUCUCAGCCAAAUGGUAGAGUCCUUCAUUAUGAGGUGUACCGCAGACUGGACCAUACCACUGAUACCCAGAGAAGUGAUGCAGCAACACUUGUCUACAGGAAUAUCUCUACUACUUGCAAAGAUGAAGCACUCCAGCCAUAUACUGUAUACCAGUAUCAGGUGUGGGCAGUGAAUUCGGCUGGUCGUUCUGCCAGUCCGUGGACCAAUGGGAAAACAGGACCAGCACCACCUGAGGGUGUAGGCCCACCUAUUUUCCAGCGUGUUUCAGCAACCUCAGCAGUAGUGGACAUUCGUCCUCCAGCCCGACCCAAUGGGAUUGUUAGCCUUUACAGAGUUUUCUCACUGAACCACAACAACCACACUCUGCUCUCAGAGGGUACAUCCCAUCAGCAGACACUCCAUGGUUUACGUCCUUACACCAAGUACUGGGUAGGAGUAGAAGCCUGCACCUGUUAUCAGUGCUGUAGCCAGGGUCCACUUAGUGAGAUCCGCACCCUGGCUGCACCUCCAGCCCAGCAGCCUCCUCCUCGCCCGGUCACCCUGACCUCCCGCUCCGUUCAGCUGGAAUGGGACGAGCCUCUGGCACCUAAUGGAGUCAUUGAGAGCUGUGAGCUACAUCUCAGAUCAACUUGCCCGCAGCCCCCCCAGCCUGUGCCGCUCCCUUGCGUUGAAGGACCAAUAGACAUCUGUUUCUUUGGCAAAAGGAAGAGCUACAAUGUCACAGGUCUCCUACCAUACUCCACCUACCAGCUGAGAGCUGCCUGCUUCAACAACAUGGGCAGCACUGCCUCCAACUGGACUACUGUUACCACACUCAGCGAAGCCCCCCAGUAUGUGUCUCCUUUUUCGGUGGAUGGUAACCUGACAGUUAUUUGGCUGGACUGGGCUGGGACUUUCUCCCUCAAUGGGUACCUGAAGGAGUAUAGUGUGACUGAGAGCCAGCUGAGGGUCUACACUGGCUUCUACAGCUAUCUCCAUAUUCCGCGCACCUCUCAGAGAACUCUGUCAUUUCAGGUGACUUGUACCACAACGAGUGGCAGUGCCAGUACUCCCACCAUCAGAUAUAGCCCUGCUACAGGCCUAGGUCCUCUUGAGCCUGAAGACAGCGGUAAACAGGACGUGAACAUGUCAGCAACACCAGUUUACACUGAGCUGUGGUUCAUCUUGUUGUUGGCUCUACUGGGUCUAUUUCUGCUGGCCUUACUGCUGGGCCUGGUGCUGCGAAGAGCCCUGAGGAAGCAUCCAUCAGCCAGAGAGCGCCCUCCGCUGGUCAUGCUUCAGAAGACGAGGAAGGCUGGGGGGGAGAUGUACAUGAGGCCCUAUCCUGAAUUGUGCUCUAAACAUCAUUCCAGCUCUGUGCUCCUCCCUGAUCUCCCCACAGGUCUGGCAGACACAAAGAUAGUCAACAGCAGUUCACAGUUCAGCCCUAUGUCUGUCCUGCGUGUUCCCAGCCAGACAGACCUCAGUCAGGCCUACUCCCAGCAUUCCCUGCACCGCAGCGUCAGUCAGCUGAUUGACAGGAAGUCACUGAUGAUGGAGGAAGGAAGCUGGGACAACCCAAUGGGACAAGAUUCCGGACUGUAUGUGGAAGAAGAUGAGUUUGUGGACACCAUCAAGGCCUUAAGUUCUGUGAAAAAGGAGCACACCAUGUUUACUGACACGCAUCUUUAAGGCAAGAUCCCUAUGUCUAAUCAGGUAUCACAGUUGCAAUUUAGACCUAGUUUCAAACCAAGGCAGUCAAACAUUAAUACCUGGUAUUCGGCCUAACAGGACUGAAUGAUUUACAGAGCUAGAAGUCCUGGAAAAUACUAAAAUACUGUUCCAUUGUGAGAUGUUGUUCAACACUAAUGACCAGUAAUCACUUUUCAAAAUGUACUGGGGCAGUGUUAAGAUUGUUUUAAGACAUAAGGGGAAGGAAAUACUAAUGGUUGUUUUACCACAGCAUUCAUCUUAAACUAUAUUUAAACAGGUGUUGUCUCAUUUCACCCCACUAUGUGUUUGACUUCCUGUAGGGACUUAACUUGAGUAGAGGCAGCAACAUCCAUGAGUACAGUUCAGAUAUAGUCUCUGUGAUUAUAUAGGAUGUGAGCUAAAAAAGCUACAAUAUAUGGGCUCCAUAGCUUGAAUGUGUUCGUAUCUGGAUUGUAAUUAUACGGUAGGUUAUAGCUCAAACCCUGCUGAGAUUAAGACACAGAAAAGACCUUAAAUGACUUUCAGCUACCUGACUGAAUUUUCUGGGUGUAGUAUGAUUCAAUGACUCUGCCUGCCAACGCUAGUAGUUUAGUUAUUUAAAAACAAAAUGCAGCUAUAGCAGAUUCGCUUCACUACUCAAAAACAAACUAGUCUAGAAAUCACCUCUUCUGCUUAAAUAAGUAAUUGUGCCUAGUCAGCUUACACAUUAUCAGCACCAGUAGCCCUUCAGUUGUAAUAAGACACAUGGCCUUGGUGUUACUGUUAUUAUAAAAUGCCAAUUGUUUUUUUAUUGUGUUAAAUGUGGCUGGGAAUCACAGAUGUGCCGUCUGAUUGUUGUGAUUAUGUGAGAUUUCUUUUAACCAUAUCAGUUUAGCAGUCAGUGGAAUCCAGACUCAGUGUUGUUUAUCUGCGACUUCAUUUUCAUUGUAUCAAGAACGCAAUCAGCUGAAGAAUGAAACAAAAUCUCUGUAAUGUCGUGUUUUGGUGUUACAGCAGGCAUAAACAUUGUUUAUAUUUGGAUUCCACAGAUUUAGAAGCUAAACACUGUAGAAACAGUAUUUAUCAUGACAAGAUGUUGAAUUUCUGUCAUAGUUUUGUGGACAAAAUUGAAGCUAACUGUAUUGUUAUAAAACUUUUCUUUUUUACUCUGGCACUAUUAUUUAUGGUUGUUGUAUAAAAAAGUCGUAUAGAUGAUUCUUUGAUCAA